GGGAACUGCCCACCCCGGCCUAGAGAAGCCGGGUCCCGCCGCGUCCGAUUCAGUUCCGCGCGCGCCUCGCCAUGUCCUGCUACAUCUACCAGCUGCCCUCCUGGGUGCUGGACGAUCUGUGCCGAAACAUGGACACGCUCAGCGAGUGGGACUGGAUGGAGUUCGCCUCCUACGUGAUCACAGAUCUGACCCAGCUACGGAGAAUCAAGUCCUUGGAGCGGGUGCAGGGUGCAAGCAUCACACGGGAGCUGCUGUGGUGGUGGGGCAUGCGGCAAGCCACUGUCCAGCAGCUCGUGGACCUCCUGUGCCACUUGGAGCUCUACCGAGCCGCCCAGAUCAUCCUCAACUGGAAAUCGGUUCCUGAAAUCAGGUCUCCCACUCCAGGCUUCCCUGAUGCUGUGAAGCCAGGAAGGCCUUUGGCAGCUUCUCUGAGAGGCACCGAGAAUGGGCAGAGGGAAGAGCAGUCUGUGAGGUCCACCACCUUUCCGGGCCCAGGGUCUACUCCAGCCAGAGCCCAUGAGCGGGCCUUUCUCCUGCCUCCUUGUGAAGAAGAUGCCCCUCAUUCCUUAAAAACUGACCUCCCCACUUCAUCUGAUGCAAAGGAUUUUAGCACCUCCAUUCCUAAGCAGGAAAAACUUUUGAGCUUGGCUGGAGAGAGUCUUUUCUGGAGUGAGGCAGACGUGGUUCAGGCAACUGAUGACUUCAGUCAAGACCACAAAAUUAGCGAAGGGACCUUUGCGGACAUCUACAGAGGGCAGAGGCAUGGGACACCAUUCAUCUUCAAGAAGCUCAGAGAGACAGCCUGCUCAAGUCCAGGAUCAACUGAAAGAUUCUUGCAGGCAGAGGUACAAGUUUGCCGUAGAUGCUGCCACCCGAACAUCUUACCUAUGCUGGGCUUCUGUGCUGGAAGACGGUUUCACAGCUUGAUUUACCCGUACAUGGCAAAUGGUUCUUUACAGGACAGACUUCACGACCAGAGUGGCUCAGACCCUCUUUCCUGGCCCCAGCGCGUCAGCAUCUGCUCGGGGCUGCUUUGUGCCCUGGAGCACCUGCACGGACUAGAGAUCAUCCACAGCAAUGUCAAGAGCUCCAAUGUCUUGUUGGACCACAGUUUUGUUCCCAAGCUGGCUCACCCAAUGGCUCACCUGUGUCCUGUCAACAAAAAGUCAAAAUACACCCUGACGAAGACCCACCCUUUCCAGGCAUCAGCUGCAUAUCUUCCAGAAGAUUUCAUCAGGGUGGGGCAGCUGACAAAGCGGGUGGACAUCUUCAGCUAUGGCAUAGUGUUAGCCGAGGUCCUCACUGGCAUCCCUGCUAUGGACAAGAACCGAAGCCCAGUUUACCUGAAAGAUUUACUCCUCAGUGAAAUUCCAAGCAACACUGCCUCGCUCUGCUCCAAGAAGACUGGUGUGGAGAAGGUGAUGGCACAGGAGAUCUGCCAGAAAUACCUGGAAAGGAGAGUAGGGGGGCUACCAGAGGACUGCGCCGAGGCUUUGACUGUGGCCGCCUGCCUCUGCCUGCGGAGGCGCAAUGCCAGCCUGGAGGAGGUGCGUGGCUCUGUGGCUGUUGUGGAAGAGCGGCUCCGCGGUCAGGAGACAUCACACUCAUGGUGUGGACUUUCUGAGGGCACAGGCUCUUCCUCCAACACCCCAGAGGAAACAGAUGACGUCGACAAUUCCAGCCUUGAUGCCUCUUCCUCUGUGGGGGUAGCGUCGUGGGCAGGAGUUGCUGCCUCGUUUCUCCCCACAGAAAAUGAGGAAGGAAGGCCGCAGGCUGAUUCGUUCUACGUGGCCUCUGCCGGUCCGGAGCCUCCCCAGGAUGCUAAAGCUAAAGAUACUUCAUGGAAAAUUGAGAUCAAUGAGGCCAAAAGGAAACUGAUGGAGAAUAUUCUGCUGUACAAAGAGGAGAAACUGGACAGUUUCGAGCUUUUUGGCCUGUGAUGAGUGGAACACAGCUGAGGACCCUUGUCCUUAAUUGGAAAGACGAGCAUCGGAUCAAGAAGGUCUGAGGCACAAGCCAAGAUCUGGCAGGAAACUCACAACCAAACAUCAGCUAUUCUGGACAGAGGGAAACUUUCAUUUCCCAGAACGAGUUAGAGGAGAAGGGACCUCAGCUUUUAGAGACACAAAAAUUGACAAGUUCUCUUAUUGGUCAGAGCCAGGUAUGAGAGGAAACUGAAGCAGAAACUGGUUCACGGGCCUACAGCGUGGAUGAUUUUGUGGUUCCGGGGAGUAUGUAACAGUAACCCUCCACAGCAGAUGCUGUUACCCCAGGAGUUCUUGUCCCGCCACCCUGAUAACUGACAGCAUUUUGCAGUGCCAAUGGUAUUUUCCAAACUUACAAUCUCUGGGUCAUACCUGCGGACAGCCACCUGCAGACUUCCAUACU